CUGUUUGGCGUCAAAACCAGAGCUGACCCGCGGCUCCCCAGCCCUUUGGGUCAGGGGUCAAAGGUCAGCCGGAGGCCCGGGGCUCCCCACCUGCCCUCCCCGGUGAGCGUGACGUGGUCCAUGCGGAGGGAGGUGAGGGGCGCGCCGUCCAUGGCCUUCAGCAGCCCCACGAUGGCCUCGUCGGAGGCCGAGACGUUGUGGAAGGACAGGCUCCUGGAGAGAGUUCAGAAGCUGAGAAUCACAGCUGAAGCUGGACAGGACGUCUCUCUGCCAUGUGAAACUGGAACGGAGACCAAGAUCCUGCUUGUGGAGUGGAUCCGACCCGAUCUGAGGCCAGAUGUUGUUCUUUACUACAGAGACGAUCACCUGUUUCAAAACCUCCAGCACGCGUCCUUCAGGAACCGGGUGGAUCUGCGGGACGAAGAGAGGAGGGAUGGAAACGCGUCUCUGGUUCUGAGGGACGUGAAGAUGAAUGAUACAGGAACAUAUCAGUGCAGACUCAUCCAGGGAGCAGGAGCCCAGGACCUGAUGUUAAUCUCCACCGUCCACCUGGAAGUUUCUCCUCCUCCAGGAGCCCAGGACGCCCAGCUGGAGCUGACCGUUGCCGUUUGUGUCCUCUGCCUUCUUGUUGUUGUUGUUCUUCUGGUUUUGUUCCAUCAGAAAAAAGCAUGCUGGUUGAAGUGGUUUCCCUGCCGGCCUCCCGAGGAACCAGAGCUGGACUUAAAGUCUCUGCUGUCCAAAUACCCGCCAGAGCAACGAAACCAGAUGUUAAAGUCUCUGCUGUCCGUUUACCCUCCGGCUGAACUGAAGAAGCUUCUGGAAACAGAAGACACUUCCUCCCUCUGA